AUGGAAGACCAAAGGGAGGCUCUUCGGAAGAUCAUCACAACGCUAGCGAUGAAGAAUGAAGAAAUCCAGAGCUUUAUCUACUCACUGAAGCAAAUGCUGCUGAAUGUAGAGGCAAAUUCAACCAAGGUACAGGAGGACUUAGAAGCCGAGUUCCAGUCCUUGCUGUCCGUCCUGGAGGAGCUGAAGGAGGGCAUGCUCAUGAAGAUUAAACAGGACCGAGCCAGCCGCACCUACGAGCUUCAGAACCAACUGGCCGCCUGCACACGGGCCCUGGAGAGCUCUGAGGAGCUGCUAGAGACAGCCAACCAGACUCUACAGACCAUGGACAGCGAUGACUUCCCUCAGGCUGCCAAACAAGUCAAAGAUGGGGUGACAAUGGCCCCUGCCUUCCGGCUGUCACUGAAAGCCAAGGUCAGCGACAACAUGAGUCAUCUCAUGGUGGACUUUGCACAGGAGCGGCAGAUGCUUCAGGCCCUGAAGUUCCUGCCUGUACCCAGCGCCCCUGUGAUCGACCUGGCCGAGUCUCUGGUGGCAGAUAACUGUGUGACUCUGGUGUGGCGCAUGCCGGAUGAGGACAGCAAGAUCGACCACUACGUGCUGGAGUAUCGAAGGACCAACUUCGAGGGCCCGCCCCGCCUCAAGGAGGACCAGCCCUGGAUGGUCAUCGAGGGCAUCCGACAGACAGAAUACACCUUGACAGGUCUCAAGUUUGACAUGAAAUACAUGAACUUUCGGGUGAAGGCCUGUAACAAGGCAGUUGCAGGUGAAUUCUCUGAGCCAGUGACCUUGGAGACAGCAGCAUUCAUGUUCCGCCUGGACGCCUCCACGUCCCACCAGAACCUGCGGGUGGACAACCUCUCUGUGGAAUGGGACGCCAUGGGCGGGAAGGUGCAGGACAUCAAGGCCCGAGAGAAAGAUGGCAAGGGGCGGACAGCUUCUCCUGUCAACUCCCCAGCCAGAGGUACUCCAUCUCCGAAGAGGGCGCCCUCCAGCCGUGGGGGCCGGGACCGCUUCACCGCCGAGUCCUACACAGUGCUGGGGGACACGAUGAUCGAUGGCGGGGAGCAUUACUGGGAGGUGCGCUAUGAGCCAGACAGCAAAGCAUUUGGUGUAGGCGUGGCCUACCGCAGCCUGGGCCGCUUUGAGCAGCUGGGCAAGACGGCAGCGUCCUGGUGUCUCCACGUCAACAACUGGCUGCAGGUCAGCUUCACCGCCAAGCACGCCAACAAGGUCAAGGUGCUGGAUGCCCCCGUGCCCGACUGCCUGGGUGUGCACUGUGACUUCCAUCAAGGUCUCCUGUCUUUCUACAACGCCCGCACUAAACAAUUGCUGCACACAUUCAAGGCCAAGUUCACGCAGCCGCUGCUGCCCGCCUUCACGGUGUGGUGUGGCAGCUUCCAGGUGACCACCGGUCUGCAGGUCCCCAGCUCCGUGCGCUGUCUACAGAAGCGGGGCAGUGCCACCAGCAGCUCCAACACCAGUCUCACCUAG